AAAAAACUUCUUUUCCGGCCAUGGUGAUAUGUCCUCUUGCUUUCAAAGUACAACAGCUAAAGUUUUGAAAACGCAUGGUUUGUAAGCCCAUAUAUGUUUGUUUGUUGAGGUAGAUGUUUCACAUUGUUUACAUCAGAGAUAGUGUAUCGGGCAGCCAUAUUCUGUGUUCGCUAACCCCGGGGAGAUGUGGGACAGCCUGUCCCAGUUCUCCCCAUCGGUGUCCCACUUCUCCACGGCACCUGUUUGCUAACAAAAGAUCAUGAUAAUAUAUCAACACAAGAAAUUCAGGAUGCUUUUUUUUAUUUUCAGGAAUAUGUAGCUGCAACAAUAUGACUAGGACCCAUAAAAGAAAAACAGACAAAGGCCUUGUGCCACCAGAAGCAAUGCUGGAUGCUGUGAGGCGUGUGGUUGAACACGGCGUGGGUUUGCGAAAAGUAGCCAAAGACAGGGGCAUAUCCAAGAGUACACUUCAACGAUAUGUUUCUAACUACCGGCAGAAUAAGCAGUGCUCCAUGUCUCCAAACUACUUCCAUAGUCAGAUAUUCACGAAUCAGCAGGAACGUUUGCUUGUUGAUUACCUAAAAACUGCAUCCAAAAUGUUUCAUGGACUCACUACAAAGCAAACAAGACAUCUCGCAUUUGAAAUGGCCUCGCGAAACUCCCUGGGUAUGCCAUCGACCUGGGAAGAAAACAAACUGGCUGGUAAGGAGUGGUUGACUGGUUUUCUCAAACGAAAUCCAACAUUGUCUUUGCGAAGUCCUGAAGCCACAUCUCUUGCUAGAUCGACAGCAUUUAACAGGCAUACUGUUGGAGAGUUCUUUGACUUACUGGAAUCUCAGAUUCUGAAAACAAAGGUAACCGGAGCUAGGAUAUUCAAUUUGGAUGAGUCUGGGUUGACCACAGUCCAAAAAGUGCCAAAGGUCAUAAGUGAAAAAGGUGUGAAGCAAGUGGGCCAGAUAACAUCACGUGAAAGGGGUGAACUUAUCACUGUGUGUGGGAUUGUUUCUGCCUCCGGAGUAGCCUUACCUCCUGUCAUGGUUUUCCCGAGGAAAAAUUAUAGAGAUAUUUUCUUGACUGGUGCUCCAGAGGGAACCAUAGGGCUGGCUGCUGAAUCUGGUUGGAUGAAUAGUGAUUUGUUUGUGAGUGUCAUGAGGCAUGUUGUGAAUACGACAAAUUCAUCCAAGCAGAACCCAAUUAUAAUUACUAUGGACAACCACGAAAGCCAUUUGUCAAUGGCUGCACUUGAAAUGGCCAAAGAGAAUGGUGUGCACAUAAUUACUCUUCCACCGCACACAAGCCAUAAGACUCAGCCAUUAGACCGCACAGUCUAUGGACCGCUGAAGGCAUUUUUCAAUGACGAGGCAAACAGUUACAUGAUGAGGAACCCCGGUAAAACCAUUACCAUUUACCAGAUGGGACAACUGAUAGAUGCUGCCUGGUUGAAAGCUGCAACUCCAAGCAACAUUAUUAGUGGGUUUAAAGUAACAGGGAUCUGGCCAUUCAACAGAAACGUCUUCGGGGAUGAAGAAUUCCUACCAUCAUCGGUGAUCGAUCGUCCUCAAUCCAAUGCACCCAGUCAAAAGGACGUCAACAACGCGCCCGGCCAGCAGGACGCCCAGAAUGCGCCAAGCCAGCAGGACGCCCAGAAUGCGCCAGGCCAGCAGAACGCCCAGAUUGCGCCAAGUCUCGAGGACAUGGAAGCUGCAGGGCCAUCUGAAGUUCCUCAUGAUGAAGGUGGUGAACUUUCUCACACCAGAGAAGAUAAGAGGCUUCCCAAAGGCUCCAGAAAGAAAAGAAUCCAACAGGGGAAGGAAAAGGGGAAAAACUAUGGUUGCAACCUCAACUCCGGAAAUGAAAAAAAUUCGACAGGAGUUAGAAAAUCGAGAGCAAAAAAGGCGAGAAAAUCGAGGAAGCAGCUGAUCAAGAAGAAAGCUCAGAAACCGGAAGAACACGAAUCCAGUUCUUCUGAGAAUGAAGAACCAGUGUUACUUGACACUGAUGAGGAUAGUCCAAUCCACAGCGAAGAUGAUGACGAAAAUGAAAUUCAUUUGGGACCUGUGAACUUCAAGGACAUCUCAUCUGAAUCAUAUGUUCUUGUGGAAUUUGUUGCAGAGAAAAGCACGAACCUGGCCUACUAUGUCGCAAAGAUUCUUACCAUAGGAGACGAAACUGAUAUCCAGGUUGACUUUCUGAGAAAAAGCCAAAAGGUUUUGAACAAGUUUGUCUACCCUGCUGUUUCUGACCGCCAUCCUGUUGACCUUGAUGAUAUCAAAGCUGUCUUGCCCUCACCAGUGGCACGAGGGACAACGUCUCGAACCAAAGGGGGGAUUGUGUUUUCGGUGAAUUUUGGAAAGUUGGAUGUCCGUUAG